UUACAUACGAGGUGCGUGCAAUUAGGAAUUAUUGCGAUCUAAUACACAACAGAAUACUCAGGAGAAUUUGGACAGUUUUCCGCAAAGCUGAUCGUUAACCCGAAUCGAAGGCCGACACAAGCAGGAUUGUCAGAUUCUCGAGGAAGGGCCGCGUGUUCAUCGGACUGAGACACUAUACGACCAACGCUAUCCGGUCCGACGCAUCUAUGCCCGUAGUACAUGCGGUUAAGGCGAAGAGACGCUCGGAAUUGAAGACUUUACUUUUGCUGGCCGCCCCCGCUUGCUCUCUUUGUGAUAUUUCUCAUAGGCGGUGUGAGCAACUUUGGCAGAGUUUGUCUAAUGUCGACGGCGGACAAAAUCACGCAGUCCCUUAGGAAACAGGCGUACGCCGCUAUCCUUCAACAGGAAACGGCAAUGUUUGACAGAGAAAGUACGGGAGAACUAGUCGGGAGAUUGAGCGAAGAUACACAACUUAUUAGCUCCGCUGUCACGUCCAAUGUAUCAGAUGAUUUGCGCUCUGCUAUUAUGGCCAUUACAGGAAUGUCCAUGAUGUUUUAUGUCGCCGUCGCUAGCAUAAUAUCGAUUAAUGAAAGUAAUUUGGUUCAUAAAGGUGUGAGUGAGAUUGAUUUCUUUCUCGGCGCUGUAAAUGAACGCUCGUCCGCACUUUCUCUGUAUAUUUUGUGUUGUGAUACUAUUCGCUGUAAAACGUAUUCUCAAUCAGUGAUAUAUAUUGUAAUGAUUACUUGUAAUAAAAAUAAAUCUGAUUAACUGAGUUA